AUGGCUGCUGAGCUUGUGGGUGGAGCAUUUCUCUCUGCUGCUCUUCAAGUCGCUUUUCAAAGGCUGGCUUCUUCUGACGUCACUCACUACUUCCGACCAAGAAACCUCAAGGAUAGCGUGCUCAAGAAGCUUCACAUCACCCUCAUUUCUGUGAAUCAAGUGCUUGAUGGUGCAGAAGCAAGGCAGUACACAAACCCAAAUGUGAACAAGUGGCUUCACGAGCUCAGGCAUGCGGUGUAUGUCGCGGAUGACCUCUUAGAUGAGAUUGCUACUGAGGCAACCAGGCUGAAGAUCAAAACUGAGAGUCAAUCUGCUACCAGUAAUGUACGAGGCAUCUUUACUUCUUUUGUUAAUCAGUUUGAAAAACACAUCGAAGAAAGAAUCCAGAAAGUGCUUGAUGAACUGGAGUUCCUUGCAAAACAAAAGGAUGCGCUGGGAUUGAAGAAAGGCUCUGGUAGUGAUAGUGAAGCUGGAGUUGGUGUUAAACUAUCCGCCAGACUGCCAACUGCAUCUUUGGUUGUUGACCCUCUUACUCAGCUAGUGUACAAUAAUGUAAGGAUAGAGGAUCAGUUUCAACUCAAAGCUUGGGUAUGUAUUUCAGAAGAAUUUGAUGUUGUUAGAAUCACAAAAACAAUACUUUCCGCAUUUGAAUGUUUCGUAACUGGAUAUGAAGACCUAAAUCAGCUUCAGCUGAAAUUGAAGGAGAAAUUGGUGGGGAGGAAAUUUUUGCUAGUUCUUGAUGAUAUUUGGAAUGAGCGCCAAUCUGAUUGGGAAGCUUUGCAAGUUCCUUUUUUCUAUGGGACAUCAGGAAGUAAGAUCAUUGUUAAAACACGUAGUGAAAAAGUAGCACUAGUUGUCUGCUCUAGUAGAGUAUACCGCUUGGCCUUAUUAAAUGAAGAAGAUGGUUGGAAAUUAUUUGCAGAAUAUGCAUUUAGAAAUAAGGAUGACAGCAUGAGGACAGAUCUUGAAUCAAUAGGUAAAAUGAUUGUCCAAAAGUGCAAAGGGUUGCCUUUAGCUAUAAAAACAUUGGGUGGCCUCUUGCACACGAAAUCAUCAGAGAAACAAUGGAAUGAAAUCCUUAAUUGUGAGAUAUGGCAGUUGUCAGAUGAUGAGAGCGAUAUAAUGCCAGCUUUAAGAUUAAGCUACCAUUACCUUCCUUCUUAUUUAAAGCGGUGUUUUGCAUUUUGUUCUAUAUUUCUAAAAGACUAUCCAAUUGAGAAGGACUCUCUAAUCCUCAUGUGGAUGGCCGAAGAUUUGUUGCAUUGCCAUCAAGGAAAUAAAAAUGUGGAAGAAAUGGGAAUUCAAAUCUUGGCUGAACUGGAAUCAAGGUCAUUUCUCCAAAAGUCAACAACGCAUAAUGCGUAUAUCAUGCAUGAUCUUGUAAAUGAUUUUGCAAAAUCAACAUCUGGACAGUUUUGUUUAAGGAUUGAGGAUGGUAAUGUGCGAAACAUUCAUAAAAAUGUUCGCUACUGUUCAUACUCAGCUUCACGUGAUAGCAGUGAAAUAUUACUAGAGCCUUUUCAUGAGUGUAAACAAUUACGAUGUUUUGUGUCAUUAAAACGAGUACCAUUCUCCAUUAAGGAGGGUAAGGAUGAGGGUAAAAUAUUAUCCAAAUUUAAGCACUUGAGAAUUUUGAGUUUGAGAAGCAUUAAAACUAUUACUAAAUUAAGUGUUGGCAUGAACAACUCCAAGCACCUCCGUUAUUUAGACCUUUCUGACACCAGAUUUGAUCAAGUACCAGAUUCAAUUUGUAAAAUGUACAAUUUGCAAACUUUGAAAUUGUGUGGGUGCAUUCAGCUUGUUGAGUUACCUCUGGAAUUGGACAAGUUGGUGAAUCUGCAUUAUCUAGACCUUUCUAAAACUAUGAUCAGCAAGUUACCCGAUUCACUCUGUAAACUGCCUAAUUUGCAAACAUAG